AUGGAGUGCAAAUCCGAACUUCAGCGACGUGUUUUGCUAAUAUUCUAUCAUGUUGAACCUUCGAAUGUCAGGAAGCAGAAUGGAGAUUUAACCGAAGCAUUUCAGAAGCACGAAGAGGACAUCAGUAAAGAAGAAGAUGACGGGAAACUUAAAGGACUAUUGCUCCAGUUUACUCAAAGAUUUAAGUUGCUUUUCAAGAUCACUGACAACAGGCGCAUGGUAGAGUAUAUUAGAGAAAUUGUUGACAAGAAUGUUAUGAAAUGGCUUCCAAUUACAAACGAAUUUGAUGUGGCCAAGCACCCGAUCGGAUGUUCGCAUGGUUGGAAUUUGGGGGAUGGGUGGAUUGGGCAAACAACAAUUGCCAACGCCAUUUAUAACCAAAUUCAUGGUGGGUUCCAAUUCAAAAGUUUCCUUUCCGGCGUCAGGGACACUGCAAGUCAAGCAGACGGUCUGGUUGAUUUGCAAAAAACACUUAUGUAUGACAUCUUGGCAAAGAUGCCUGAAAUAAGUAGUGUUGAUCAUGGUAUCGGUCAGAUAAAACUACAAUGUGGACAUAGAAAGGUACUUGUCAUCAUGGACAACAUAGAUAAAGAGGAUCAACUGGAUGCAAUAGCUGGAAAUCACAAGUGGUUUGGUCCAGGAAGUAGAAUUGUCAUAACGACACGAGAUAAACAUUUAUUAAAUAAAGUGGAUGGGAUAUAUCCAGCUCAGAAAUUGAAUGAUGAAGAAGCUUUGGAGCUCUUUAGUUGGCAUGCUUUUGGAGAGAGUUGGCCUAACAAAAAUGAUCGUCUACUCCCAAAAAAGGUUGUUUCUUACUGCAAAGUCGCUGAAGAGGUUGAAAAUCAUGAAUCUUAGUCAUUCUAAAUCCUUAAAAGAAUCACCGGACUUUUCACAUGUCCUAGAUCUUAAAGAGUUGAUAUUGGAAAACUGUGACAGGUUGUCCAAGAUUCACCCCUUCAUUGGUUGGCUUGAAAAUCUCUCUUCCGUAAACCUUAGAAACUGUUAGUCUUAUUUCUCUUCCAAGGCAAUUCUGUAUGUCAAAAUCUGUUAAGACUCUUUGUCUUAAUAAUUGUCCGAAUUUCACAGAACUGCAUGAGGAUAUAGGGAAGAUGGAAUCAUUUGAAAUACUUGAAGCAGAGGAUACAGCCAUAAGACAUGUACCACCUUCCAUUGUAAGGUUGAACCUCACUCGUUUAUCUAUAAGGUUUGGGUACUAGAAUUUGGGCUAGAGAACAUCCUUCCAGUUGGUGGCAAACCUCGGUUGCCUCCAGAUUAGAAUGUCAUAUUUCUUUUUUCUUUUUUGUGAGGAAACAAAUUGUAAUAUAAGAAUAAAACAACAAAUUUGCAUAACUGAUCUUUGAUACAAUUUUGUACAAAUGUUGGUUAUGAACAGACUGAAAAUUUAGAAUCAGUGAAGGGCUAAGGGACAAGAUUAAGCUA